AUGUCCCUCGUCCGCGCACCCCUCAUCCUGCUCCAUGCCAUCCUCUACCAGCUCGCGAGCACCCCGCCGAACAAGACCCCGCCAAAGGGCCGCUACGACAGCACCGAGGCGCCCUGGAUUCGCAUCGCUCCGCUCGUGUUCAAGAUCCAGCAGCCGCUCGUCUGGCUCUGCACCCUAGCCGACAUCCUCCUCAUCCUCUCCCACCACCUCCCCGCCCCCGCCCUCCAGUCCGCCACCCACGCCGUCCUCUGCCCCGCCGCCCCCUCCGCCACCGCCGCCGCGCCCUUCAUCCGCCCCACGCUCCCCUUCCUCACCGGGCUCGCGCUCGUCGCCGCCGGCACGCUCCUCCGCCUCGCGUGCUACCGCUCGCUCGGGCCCUUCUUCACCUUUGACCUCGCGCUCCUCCCCAAGCACCAGCUCGUCACCUCCGGGCCCUACCAGUUCGUGCGCCACCCCGCGUACGCGGGCUCGCUGCUCAUCCUCGCCGGGCUCGGCUUCGCGGACCUGUCGCCUGGGGGGUGGAUCGCGGAGUGCGUGAGCGCGCAGGGCCGCCCGACGAUGCGCACCGCGCUGCCGUGGGCGUGGGCCGCGUUUGCGGUGUGGUACGCGUGGUGGCUCGCGGUUGGGGUGCGGCGGGCGCGCAUGGAGGACGCCGCGCUCAAGAAGGAGUUCAAGGGCCAGUGGGACGAGUACGCGCGCCGCGUGCCGUGGUGGUUCGUCCCCGGGCUUGCGUGA